UCAUUGCUAGCGACUGACUCUGUCCAGUGUCCACUUGUUUGUUAUGAAUAUAUCGAAAGUGACAACAUCGCUUGCUGCUGCGGCUGCUGCCGCCGAAAAGGCAAAACCCGAACGUGUAACAUCUGCAACCGCAGCGCUAAAUUUUAAUGCAAUCAAUAUACAGAAGCGCACCAGCAUCGACGAUACCGAGGAUCCGAAUCGCAAGAAACUCAAAACCGAAUUGCUGCUUUGCCCGCCCUCGACUAGUUUGCCCGCCAAACAACAACAGCUACAACAGCAACAGAAACACCACCAGCACCACCGACAACAGCAACGUGCUGUUCCAGGAGGGUCCGUCCAAGCCCCGUCAUUGGCAUUCCAAUCAACAGCUGCAGCCUCAAAACAAACAUCCGCUGCUUCCGAAAAGUCUGCAGUUGAGCAACACCCGAAAGUGGAUCAAGUCGGCACCGAGAAUGCCUGGGAUCCGCGCGAGGAUAAGAUUAUAGUAUGUAACUUUGGAGCCAACGCUGAAAUGAGUGCAAUAAAGCCUGAAGAAGCGCUCGACGGCAGCCAAAAGCAGAGUUUUACAAGCUUUACCAAAAAGGAGGCCGUCUGUCCGUCGUCCGCAUCUUCUUCCUCCUCGACGGCCUCCACUAUUUCAAUCGAGCCGAGUGGAGGAGCCGAGCAUGUCGAGCUGGCCAACAAAACAGCGCUGCCAGCUGUCGAGGAGCUGGACUACGCCCUACUGCCGACCUCGGCAACUGAACAAAAGGUGGUGCCCGAAAACUCAACCAUCGCGUCGGCCUCUGCCUCCUCCGGCGCCUCCGUUGCCACGGUGAUCACAUCCGCAGUCGCCCCCGUGACCGUCAGCUCAUCCACAACGUCUACGAUUAUACUGAAUGCGAACAAUGGAGGCGGAUCAGGACCAGGCUUGGGAGGGACCACUAUAAUGAACCAGAAGUCGGUACAGGCCAACUACAAUAUAUUCAAUGCGACGACCGCCAGCAGCCAGCAAGUAACCCACCAGCCCACGCUCCUGAACCGCGUAAACAUUCAGUCCAAGAUGAAGGCCACCCAGCUGGUGGUGAACGCGAAGAAGCUGUCGGAGGUCACCCAGACGACGGCCAAGGUUUCCAUCGGCAACAAGACGAUCUCCGUGCCGCUGCUGAUGAGUGCUAGUGGGGCGGCUACCGCCGGUGGCGCCACCAUCGUCGAGAGCAAGCAGAUCAUGCAGCCCGGCCAGGUGACCGCCGUGGCCAGCGCUUCCCCGUCCGGGCAGCAGAGUGCGGCGCACCAGCACCAGCAGCAGCACCUCAACUACACGAAGCUGAUCAAGCGCGUGCCCAAGAACCCCACCACAAUCGUUUCGUUCUCGGGCCUGCAGAUCAAGCCUGCCAACACCAAAAUAGUCGCCGCCAAGGUGGUCAGCAAGAAGAUGUCCCUGCAGAUCCAGCAGCAGCACCAGCACCAGGUCCAGCAGCUGCAGGUCCAGCAGCAGGCCCAACAGGUGAACAGCGGCAGCCUGGCCCCUGCCACGGCCAGCAUUGUUUCGAUAACCACCUCGAAUCCCAACCAAACGUUUUCCAUGGUUAAGGAGAAGCUGCACGACGCCUCCGAGAUUGGCGACACGGCCCACGAGGCGGGAGUCAGCGUCAAUGUCAAUGCCAACUCCUGUCGCAAUCCAGCCACCCGGCUGGCCGGCCACAAGAUAACUUACAGUGAGAACAUAUUCAACAAGCCCAAAUCGCAGGACUCUGGAACCGGCGACGAGUUCGGAAACCUCAAUAGCGUCGUGAUAAAGCCCCUGGACAAGGCCAGUCACAACUGCGCGCCCAGCUUUAAUAUCUUCAAGCAGCAGUCCCUACAAGCGGGUGCGGGCGCGGGAGCGGGUGCGGCCACCGCCGUGGCGCAGGCAACCGGCACGGUACCCGUGACGGUAACAAUGACGCCAUCCGCCGCCGGCAGCGGCUCUGAGAUGUCCAGCAGCACCUCCUCCGUAUCGGUCUCGGCCAUACUGAACGAGGCUGUGGCCAAGUCGACGGCGGGCACGAUCUGCAUCAACACACCGGGAAUGGGGGCCCGGCCCAUCAUCUCCAUACAGAACAAGAACAUAUCUCUGGUGCUGUCGAAGACGACGAUGGCCCAGCAGAAGCCCAAAAUGAUCACCACCACCGUCAGCAGUUCCGCGCUGCAGAUGCACCACGCCCUCAACCAGGACCCGAAUCCGGACAAACCAUCCCCGUCCUCGUCGUCGUCAUCGUCAUCAGUGUCAGUGUCGGGCGCCGGCGCGGCUCCAAUGCAGCUGAAGCUCACGUCGGUGCCCUCCGUGGUGGGACUAGGGCUGGGCGUGGUCACCACACCGGCCACCACGCCCACCAAAUUGAGUGUAAGCCUGGCGGCGGCAGAGGCACUGCAACCGAUGCCAUUCUCGAUCAUAAUCCCAAAGAUGGAUGAGCUGAGCAACGAGCCCAAGACCAAUCUGCUGGUCAAGCAGGAAGCAACAGUCAAGGAUGCUCCCGCCGCCCCGCCUCUGGCUCCAGCGGGCGAGCAGUCGGGCGAAGUCCUGGUGGCGACCGAGAAGCGUCUGAACGCCAGCACCACGCUGACUGCCAUCACAACCUCAGCUCCAGGCCCGCCUGCAUCCACGGCCACAGCCACAGCCACAGCCGCAGCAACAAUCUGUGCAUCUGCGCCAGCUGCAGCGAACAGCAACCAGCACCAGCGGGCCAACUCUGAUGACUCGAACAACGCGCUGCUGAAGCAGCUGCUCCAGAACAGCAGCAGCAGCCACAACCUCAACCAAAUCAGCAUCAACUCCGCCCACGUCGCUGCGAGCACAGCGCCGCUGUCCGCCCGCAAGGUGAUCAACGUGCGGGCCCCGAGCAUGGGCCUAGUCAGCUCCCUGGAGGCGCAGUUGGCCCGUCCGGUCAUUCCGCCCGUGCCGGCGGCAGUAAGCAGCAGCAGCGGCGGAUCCGUGGCCACGCCCACCACCACCACCACAGUAGCAAACGGGAAUGGAGGCAGCCAGCAGUCGGCGUCUGCCGCGCCAGCUGCUCCGCCUGUCGCCCCAUCUGUUGCCGCCUCCGCCUGCGCCCCCACUUCUGUAGCCCCUGAAGCUCCCGUUCCUGCAACCAAUGCCGCAGCGGAGCUGGAGCAGCAGAUGCCGGUGGUGCAGCAGUCCUCGAUCCAAGGCCUACCGCAACCAACACCCACCCAACCGCCCCCGGCUGCCCAGCAGAUGCAGCAGCAACAACAGCAGCAACAACAGCAGCAACAACAGCAGCAACAACAGCAGCAACAGCAGCAGCAGCAGCCACAACACCAAGUGAAGCAGACCGUGCAGAUUGUGUCCAAGGAGACCUCGUUCAUAUCGACACCGCCCACGCACGCUACUCUGACAAUGGGAGACAGGAAGCUGGCGGAGUCUUCCGCCACGUCCAGCAGCAAGUCGACGGAGUUCUUGCCGCCGCCGCCGUAUGAGCUGGCCACCGCUCCCGUUUCGAAUGUGACAAUCUCCAUAUCCACCAAGCCCUCUAAGGAUAUGAGCUUGCAGAUGAAGCACAAGUCCUCGGCCAUGCCCAUGGCCAUGUCGAUGGCAAUGGACCAAGAGUCCCUGGGCGUGCCCUUGUCGGAGCAGGCCGAGAAGCCGCUCACCAACUCGGACAACCUCCAGACAACAGCAGCAUCGGCAGCAGUGCACAGUGCAGCCGGAUCGGGAGCAGUAACCAACAGCUGGAGCAGACAGAUCCAGGACAACAACAGCACCAUUCAGAUUGAGCCGGGAAUGGGCCAAAUCCUGGCCCCCAACAAAAUGUCCUUCAAGUCGGGGGAGGCGCAGAAGAGGAAGCUAUCCAUGCAGUCGCAUCCCCAGCUGGACGAGAAGCUCCAGCUGCAGCACAGCCACCCUGACCCCUCGCACAGCGACGAUGUGCUGCAGAAGCAUCUGCCUCUGGCCAUAAGGAUGAAGCCGCCGCCGCCCGGUACCAAUACACCCGGAACCCCUGGGACGGAAACGAACAAGAUGCAGCUCAUUUCAGCCAGCACAAGCUACGCGAAGAAAACUGGGCAGCCGGGCGAGACGCCCCACCAGGCACAGAUGCAGUCUCAGAUCCAGGGCCAGAUGCCUGGCCAGAUGCAGUUGCACGUGCAUCAGCAGCAGCAACAGCAGCAGCAACAUCACCAGCAGCAACAGCAGCAGCAACAGCAGCAGCAGCAGGCGGCUCAUUCACAUGCUCAGGGGCAUCCCCAGGCCCAUCCUCAGAGCUUGCCAACGGCCAUGGAACCCAAAGCCGGGGACCAGCGAAAGCGGCGCAAACGGGAGGUGCAGAAGCCACGGAGAGGCAAUCCGAACGCCGGACAGGCGGCCAACAGUCUCAAGGAUCUGUCCGGGACGCUACCAGCAGGCGCGAUGGUGCAGCUGGCCCGCAUGCCCCCGGGCACCCAGUACGUGCAGGGAGCAUCCGGCACUGGUCUUGUGCCCGCAGGAGUGGUCGGAGUCGGAGGCGGAGGCAGUGCCGCCGCCUCGCCCAUGCUGAAAAAGCGAGUGCGGAAAUUCUCCAAGGUGGAGGAGGACCACGAUGCAUUUACCGAGAAGCUGCUGACGCACAUCCGCCAGAUGCAGCCGCUUCAGGUGCUGGAGCCCCACCUCAACCGCAACUUUCACUUCCUUGUUGGGAGCAGCGAGAUGGCGGGCGCAGGAACGGGAUUGGGAUCGGGAUCGGGAUCCGGAUCGGGAGGGUCCACCUCCGGCAACGGCAAGCUAAAGGCCGGCGCCUCCCUAUCCCGCAGCUGGCCGCUGGAGGAAUGCGACGGAUCGCUGCUGGGCCACUUCGGUCGGGUGCGCCAUCCCAGUAUUCCCUCGCUGUACGACAGCGAACGCUUCGGCGGGAGCGGGGGCCCGACGGGGGGCUCUGCAUCUCCGUCGGGGUCUCUGGUGGGAGUGGAGGGAAAGUCGCAGCCCAUGUCCAGCAUCCAGAACGACUUCUACGACCAGGAGUUCUCCACCCACAUCGAGCGGAAUCCCCGCGAGCGGCUGCUGCGGCACAUCGGGGCCGUGAAGGACGCAAACCUGGAGACCACAGAGCUGGUGGAGGGCGAGUCCCUGACCGCCUGGACGGCCCUUCCGCGGCUCACCCGCUUUCCGGGCCUAAUUCUGCUGAACAACAACAGUCGGUGCCACGGGCGGAUGUCGCCGGUGGCCCUGGCCGAGGACCCCCUCACCAUGCGGAUGCCCACUUCGCCCCUGCUCCGCACCUGCGCCGAGGAACUGCGCAAGGGCCAGCAGAUGGAGCUGGGGGGCGGCCACGGCAACAGCAACAACAACAACAACAACUAUCAGCAGAAGAACCAGAACGUGAUACUCUCGCUGCACUCCUCGACGACGGACAACAUAGCCGGCGUGCUGCGGGAUCUGGCCAAUCUGCUGCACCUGACGCCCGCCCUUACAUGCAAGCUCAUCGAGGAGAAGUCGGACCCGAAGACCGGCUCCGAGCCCAGCCUCGACCAGCCAAAGAGCCAGGGAGCCAAGGAGGAGGCCGACGAGCAGGCCGAAAAGGAGCCGUUCAAGCGGCCCCUCUCCGCGAGCAACGGCCACCUGAGGAAGAUUCUCAACGGGCGACGCAAGCUGUGCCGCAGCUGUGCCAACGUCGUCCCCGCCAGCGGCCUGCGGGUGCCCAGCCAGAGCAUGCCUCCGCUGGAAGAGCAGCUGCCCCGGCUGGCCCAGCUAAUGGCGCUGCUGCCCCGGAAGACGCCGCCGCCUCCGUUCUUCUACUUCUGCGAUCGUGCCUGCCUGGCCCUGUUCAAGUGGAGCGGGAAGGAGGUCCAGGCAAAGGCCGAGGCGGCCAGCAUCUCUCUGCUCGCGGCCAGCGGGUCCUCGAAGAGCACUUUGGCGUCGGGCUCGUGUCCGGCCGUUCCUCCAGAGCAUGUGGUGAAGACGGAGCCGCCGGAGGAGGAGCUCGACGUGAAGCAGAGCUUGGGCAGCGAGACCGCUGCGCCCCCACUGCAGCGCAAGUGCAUCGUCAAGUGCUUUAGCGGCGACUGCUUCGCCACGGAAUCGUCCGCGAGCACGGACAUCAAGCAGGAGUACGAUGGAGCCACUUCAUUUGCUGCCCCCAACAACACGGUGUGGGAGACGGACGUGGUCAGCCACCUAGAGGACACGCGCCAGUGCGUCUUCUGCAACCAACGCGGCGACGGCCAGGCGGACGGACCCUCGCGGCUGCUCAACUUCGAUGUGGACAAAUGGGUCCAUCUCAACUGUGCCUUGUGGUCGAACGGCGUGUACGAGACGCUGUCCGGAGCGCUGAUGAACUUCCAGACCGCACUGCAGGCGGGGCUGAAUCAGGCGUGCAGCGCUUGCCACCAGCUGGGAGCUACCAUCAAAUGCUUCAAGUCGCGCUGCAACAACCUCUACCACCUGCCCUGCGCCAUUCGGGAGGAGUGCGUCUUCUACAAGAACAAGUCCGUGCACUGCAGUGCCCAUGGCCAUGCCCACACCCACGCCCAGGCCCACGCAGGCAGCGGAAGUGCCAAUGCCGGAUCCGGGUCCGGGUCUGGGUCUGGAGCCACUUUCGGGCCAAUGGAGAACGAGCUAAGCUCCUUCGUUGUGCACCGUCGGGUGUUCGUGGACCGCGACGAGAACCGUCAGGUGGCCACCGUCAUGCAUUACACGGAGCUGAGCAACCUGCUGCGGGUGGGCAACAUGACGUUCCUCAAUGUGGGCCAGCUGCUGCCCCACCAGCUGGAGGCCUUCCACACGCCCCAUUUCAUCUACCCCAUUGGCUACAAGGUGAGUCGCUACUACUGGUGCGUGCGGCGUCCGAAUCGGCGGUGCCGGUACAUCUGCUCCAUAGCCGAGGCCGGCUGCAAGCCUGAGUUCCGGAUCGUUGUUCAGGACGGCAGCGACAAGGAGCCGGAGCGCGAGUUCCAGGCCAGCACGCCAACGGGGGUGUGGCAGCAGAUCCUGCAGCCCAUCACCCGCCUGCGGAAGGUGCACAAGUGGCUGCAGCUCUUCCCGCAACACAUCAGCGGCGAGGACCUCUUCGGGCUAACGGAGCCGGCCAUUGUGCGCAUCCUGGAGAGCCUGCCCGGGAUCGAGACGCUCACCGACUACCGAUUCAAGUACGGCCGCAACCCGCUGCUGGAGUUCCCGCUGGCCAUCAAUCCGUCCGGCGCCGCCCGCACCGAGCCCAAGCAACGGCAGCUGCUCGUCUGGCGCAAGCCGCACACCCAGCGGACCGCAGGCAGCUGCAGCACCCAGCGCAUGGCCAACUCGGCGUCGAUUGCCGGAGAGGUUGCCUGCCCCUACAGCAAGCAGUUCGUCCACUCCAAGAGCUCCCAGUACAAAAAGAUGAAGCAGGAGUGGCGCAACAACGUCUACUUGGCGAGGUCGAAGAUUCAGGGCCUGGGCUUGUAUGCGGCCCGAGAUAUUGAAAAGCACACCAUGAUCAUCGAGUAUAUUGGGGAGGUCAUUCGCACCGAGGUUUCCGAGAUACGGGAGAAGCAGUACGAAUCCAAGAAUCGAGGCAUUUACAUGUUCCGCCUUGACGAGGAUCGCGUCGUAGACGCCACUCUGAGCGGCGGCCUGGCUCGCUACAUCAACCACUCCUGCAAUCCGAACUGUGUGACGGAGAUUGUUGAGGUCGAUCGCGAUGUGCGGAUCAUAAUAUUCGCCAAGCGUAAAAUUUAUCGUGGCGAGGAGCUCUCGUAUGACUACAAGUUUGACAUAGAGGAUGAUGCACACAAGAUACCGUGUGCCUGUGGCGCUCCCAAUUGUCGCAAGUGGAUGAACUAAAGGCAGCAGCAGCAGCAGCAACAGAAGCGAUUACAGCAACGAGCACCAGCACGAACCAACCCACAUGGAAGUUCUCCCAGUGACCGGGAAUCCGAACAUUCAUUCUCUAAACAGUGUAGAUCAUGUACAUAUAUGUAGUUAUAUGUAUGAAUACGUGCUAUUGUAGAGCAUAGACCAUAGAGCAUAGAGCAUAGGACCCUGCAAGUUAUGUAUUUUAUAUGUGCCCGCCGCCCACUGUAGCUAAUUUUUAUCCUUAAUCGCCCGUAAGAAGGGGGACAGGGCAGUGGAAAGAGUGGGAAUGGACAGCGUUUUCACCAUUGAAGUGCUAUACUGUAUAAUUUCUAUAAAAAAAAAAAAUAUGUAUUUUAUGUUAGGUACAUUAUUGCACGAUUCCCCUUCCCUCCCCCCACCCCACAUA